UACAUAUCAAAGAAGAAGGUAACCACCAUGAGAAGGCAAAUAGUUCAUGGAGGAAUAAACUCUUUCAAUAUUUGGCUCGACGCAAAUUGGACAGCAAAGGUCUCUGAUUUUGAAUUCUCAUUAUUAGACCCUGAAUCCCCAACCUUUAUUACACCACUCAAGGAUUUACAGGUAAAAUUUUCUUUUGAUCAUGAGUUCUAUCAACGAAAUUUAAGCACAGAGGACGAUGUCUAUAGCUUUGGUGAGGUAUUAUUAGAAAUUUUAACAGGAAAAAGAACUCUCUUCAAGCAUUAUGAUCAUUUAACACCAUCAGAUCUUGUGGAUAAGGUUUUAGAUCCUAGGCUUGGUCCGCUCGAGGAUAAUAGCGCAGCAGCAGAGUUGGUGGCCCAUACUGCAAUCCGCUGUGUGAAUUUGGAACCGAAAGAUAGGGAUAUUGGCAAUCUUAGCGGAGAUUAUGUCUGAAUCUCUGCAUAUACAUAUCAAAGAAGAAGGUAACCACCAUGAGAAGGCAAAUAGGAAGGGAGAUCACUUUAAGAAUAAGGCUACUAAUCCGGAAAGCAUAGUACUCAUUGCAAACUUCAUCUUAGAGCUUCCAUCAGCUGUUUUUGACCAGUUAUCUUCUGUGCAUAAGCUCCAAUUUGCAUUACUUAGUAUGUUAAUUUCUUUCACAGUUUCGAUCAUUUCAAUCGUUGAUCUUGUUUACAAGGGUAGAAAAGAAAGAUUUACUUUGAUGAAGAGAGGGUUAAUACCUUGGUUUUACUACCCAUAUCCUAAUUUAAAACCUUUUGGAACAUUUACUGAUAUUAUAGGAUUACUUUUUGCUAUCUUUCAAUGCUUUUUUGCAACAAUAGCAUAUGCCUUUUUGUCUAGGCAUUCUGAUAAUCCUAUCAAAGUGUCUAUUUUGCCUAUAAUCUUUGCCUUUGGUUUACUAUACUCUAGACUUUCAAGAAAUUAUUAUGCACAAAGAAAUCUGAAUCCAACCCCAUUUGUAAGGAGAUUGAAUAGAGUACAGGAAUUUACUCUAGUUGAACUUGUUACUGCCACCAAUAAUUUCUCAUUAGAGAGUAAGUUGGGAGAAGGGCGUUAUGGCGAUGUUUACAAAGGAAAACUGGCAGAUGGUCGUGAAGUGGCAAUCAAGAGAGAAAUAACUCAACAGAGAAACAAAUCUGAAGAUGAACCAAGUGCUUUUGAAUCUGAAUUGACAUUCAUAUCCAGGCUUCAUCACAAACAUUUGGUUAGACUUGUUGGAUAUUGUGAAGAAAAGAAUCAAAGAUUUAUAGUUUAUGAGUACUUGAAAAAUGGAGAUUUAUAUAGCUAUUUGCAUGACGAAAACAAUAUUGACAAGGACCGUAUUAUGUUCGAUUCUUGGAAAAUGAGGAUCAAGAUUGCAUUAGAAGCUGCUAGAGGUAUUGAAUAUCUGCAUAAUUAUGCAGUACCACCAAUAAUUCAUAGAAACAUCACGUCUCUUAACAUUUUGCUUGACGGGAAUUGGACUGUAAGAAUUUGUGAUUUUGUAUUUUCAUCGGUGGUUCUUGAAACUGAAUACAGUGAUGGGCAAAAGAAGGCAGCAGCAACGGUUGGAUACACUGAUCCUGAUUACUACUGUGGUAAUGUAUUAACUGCAAAAAGUGACAUAUAUUCUCUUGGAGUGGUGUUACUAGAACUUUUGACAGGCAAGAAAGCUAUAUUUAGAGAUCAUGACGAUGGAGAUAUAUCAAGAAGCCUAGUGGAUUUUGUAGUGCCUAAAAUUUUGGCCAAUGAAUUGGUCAAGGUUUUGGAUCAUAGAAUAGGUCCACCAGAAUCUGCUAAUGAAGUAGAGGCAGUGGAAACGAUGGCAUAUGCUGCACUCCAUUGUGUAAAUUCGGAGAGGAAUAACAGGCCAAAUAUAGCGUUCGUUGUAGCUAAUCUGGAACAAGCUUUGUCUCUUAGUCAUGGUCGUAUGGAGGAUUAUCUAGCGGGGGAAGGUGAAGGACAGCAGAAUGGUGGAUCAAAUGAGACAAAGCCAAAGCUAUUAAACAAUGAAACAGAACAUCAUCAGUGAUUCAAAUGAAAGCUUAGGAAGUCGAAAAAGCAGAUGCAUGGGAAGAGGGUUUUGUAAUUGAAUGCCAAAAUUUAUAAAUUCAUUGAGACGUUCUGCUUCUUGUACUUUCUUUCUGUAAAUAGAAUCCUAUUUUCUCCGGCUAUAAGAUUCUCCGGAGCA